CUAACUAAUGCAAAGACAGAAAACAAUAAGAAAGCUCUGGUUUUUACCAUGUUGCACGUAGUAGGCCACUGAACUUUUGAUUGAAAUCUCAGGCCUUGAACAAGUUGUCUGCGCAUAGGCACACAACUGUUUAUGUUGACAAAAUCCGAAUCUUUGGCAUAUUCUAAAAAGGCAUAAAAAAAUAGAGCCGAUGUUUUUUUUGUGUUAUUACCCUUCUCGGAAACCUGGGAUAUAUUGAAACAGAACAAGUUUAUCUACACGCCACAAGGUCACGUGGUAUCAUAUUACAAUCUCAGAGCUUCGGCAACGGUUGAUGCCAGCACCAAUGACCAGAGAAAUCAAACCAAACGAGGAUCCGCAGGUGACAAGAGUUUUUGUGGUACGUCAUGGACGGACAGACUGGAAUGCCAAGAAAAUUCUCCAGGGCCACAUCGACAUCGACAUAAAUGAAGAAGGCGCCCAACAAGCCCAGAAGGUCGCUUCCCAUCUUCAGGGAGUAAGGAUCGAUGAUCUUGUGUCCUCUGACUUAUGCCGAUGUGUCAAUACUUCAAAACCCAUUCUCAGCUACCAGCAUACUGCUACAUACUCAGAAACCCCUAAAUUGCGUGAACGUGAUAUGGGCAAAGUACAAGGUAUGCCUUUGAUAGACGCUCUCCAAACUUACGGAGAGAACUUCCGUAGUCUUGGUGAGCAGGAAUCAGCUUUGAUCGAAAGAGUGUCCGAAGUUUAUGAUUCUGCCUUGAAGAGAGCGGCGUCCAACAAACAUAAGAAUAUCUUGCUUUGUACCCACGGAGGUGUCAUCACUGUGUUCACCAAUCACUUGCACAGAGAUAGAAAAUACUGCUUGGGCGAAGGCAUCACGGCUGAUGAUCUCAGGGUGCCUUAUAACACGUCAAUUACUGUCAUCGAUGUAGAAAAGGCCACAGGAUCAGGAACCAUUGUAAACUGUGGCGUAACUGAACAUCUAGGUGGAGAUUUCAGAGUAAAAAAUCAAUUAUUACGAUAGCACUUGUGUCAGCCAGAGAGAUGGAAAAUGCUGUAUCAAUACAUAUAUAAAGAUAGAAAUAGAUGAUUAGAUGAUUAUUAUGCGAGCAUGUCUGGGUCAAGAGUGUUGCUUCUGGAAAAAGAAGCAUACUUCUGAAAGUUGUCCUUCCUUUCCAACUCAUACUCAGGGUUCUUGAUCUUGGAGCUCCAUUUACGUUUGUAAAUU